AUGGGUCAAGAGAAAUUUCAAGAUAAUAAGAUGAAGAACUAUGGUGAGUGCAAGUUAAAGAGGGCAAGCAAGAUAGAUGAGGGAGAGGACGACUUUGAAGCUGAUUUCCAAGCAUUCUCUAAGAAGUACGAUGAGGAGGAUGAGAGCCACUAUAAGUUUAUGGCUUUGUUACCAGCCAAGAAUGGUCUUACUAGUGUCUCAACAACAACAAAAGGGAAAGUCGGACUCGAUUUUCCCAUCAAAGAUGAUGUGAUUAGUCGAGAACCAACCACUACCAAUGAAGGUACCAUUGUAAGGCCAAAGCGCAAGCGCAAGACCCCAUAUAGAGGCAUCCGCCAACGCCCUUGGGGCAAAUGGGCUGCUGAAAUCCGUGAUCCUGCAAAGGGUGUCCGUGUUUGGUUAGGCACGUAUAGAACACCAGAAGAUGCGGCUAGGGCAUAUGAUGCUGAGGCCCGCAAGAUUAGAGGCAAUAAGGCAAAGGUGAAUUUCCCUGAUGAAGGACCACCAAACAUGGUGAGCAAUACACCAAAACUAACUGUUACUGCAAUGACCACGAUGGCUAUUCCAGCAGAGAAAAUGAAUACCAAUGAAUUGGUGCGCCAGGCAAACUACUCUAAUGAGGCUAUGUUGAACUCUAGUGGCAACAAUGGUAGCUUAAUUUCUGCUCAGGAUUUUGGCUUACACUGUAUGAAAAAGCCUCGUGUUCCUUAUGACAUCCCUAGGAUGGGUGAGUGUUCAAAUCAAAACAGAAUCACGUAUGGUUUAGGUAAUGGAUUGGGCAAUGAGGCUAGUAGGAACCUGAAUGGAUGCUCUUUCUUACCACAAGUUGGCAUGCCAAUGUCCAUUCAACCUACUUUUGAUGGUCCAUCAAGAAUGAUAGAAAGAAAUGAUGGUGUGAUUGCUCCUACUCUGACUAAUGCCACACCCAUCACUCCAUUGGGCGUGGCUGGUGUUGAUGUUGCAAAAAAGAUGAAUAAGCAUCCUAUUCUCCAAGAGAUGGAAAAUGAAGCUAUUCCUUCUAUUUUACAAGGUGAUGUUAGUGAGGACGUGGCGGCUGAGAUUAGAAUGUGGGAGUUUUAUGACCACCUGUUAGAUAAUAAGCAAAAUUGA